GGUUAUAAAGUCACGUACAAAAAUGUUUGGAAUCAGAAAUUUAAUCACAAAAUAACAAAUAAUUAACAUAAUGAGCGGCAAGCAUUCGCGCCUGCGUUACUACAGCUCAAUGGAGGAGGCGACCAUGGUGCGUGUGUGGCGCGAAUAUGUCGGCCAGAUUCCCUGCUACAGCGAAAAUUUACCAAUUUUUAGCGACAUUUCGCACAGCAUGCAGCAAUGCGGCAUUCGACUGAACAAACAGGAGGUUCGUCGUCGCAUCAAUCACUAUCGGAAUAAGUACUUAGCUGAACGCAGUCGUGUGGAGAGCAAUCCGGAGCAUGUGCUUGAAUGGCGUCUCUACCCGAUUAUCGACUGCCUCUUCCAUCCCGAGCGACCCACGGAGGACAUACAGCUCGCCCAGAAUGUGCUCGAGUCGGCGGCCGUACGUGUGCGAAGCGAGCAACCGGAUUUGCCCAACAUUCCCAGCUCCAUGUCCCGGCCGCCGCAUGUCAAAUUUGAGCGCGAUCCGGAUGGCUGUGCCUUCCUGGAGGCACCACCCGGACCACCAGCACAAACAUCGUACCUUGCCGAGCAGCUGCAGCAGAGCCCAGUGAAGACUGAACCGAAGCCGCUUGAGGCGGACGAAGCAGAGAGUCCAAGCGCCAUGCGACGCACGCCCCUGACACCCGUCAACUUCCAGCAGCCCAUGGAGGAGCGCAUGGACUUGAGCGUCAAUGGACAGAUAGAGUCUACGGCGAAGCGGCGUCGCGCACGCCGCAGCAUACUGCCGCGCAGUGGCCAGAUCUCCGUGGCCCAACUGGAGGCGUUGCGCUUGCAAAACGGAGAGCUGGAGCGCCAGAACGAGCACAGCCAAGUAGAGUUGCAGUUUAAGGAGCGGCAAUACAAUGAGAUGGAGCAAACCAUCGACGUGUUGAUGCACCAGCAGGAGGUCUUUCUGCUGCACUUUGAUCGGUUGGGCUUUAAAAGCGAGGCGUAGCCCCCCAACCCCGAACCUCGCAAUCCCCUGCUCUUUGAUCUAUUGAUUAGUUUUUAGCUUUAAUUGUGGGACUCUCCAUAUGUACAAAAAACGGCACCUUAUAGGCCAUAACUGAAGAACCGAAGAUACAUUUACGGUCUCACUAUUUGUUGGUUUAGUUUCACAUUUAAGUACUAUUACUAGUCAAACUGAAUUGACACUCGCAAAACUAUGCACCCAAGAGAUUUCCUGAAGCACUUUUAGUUUAAUUUUCAGUUUCAUUAACUUACGUACAUUUAAGACCCGAAAACAAUUUGCAGCAAGCUAAAAAGAUAAUUCAAAUGUAACCCCUU